AUGCCUCUCCACUUCACAGCCAGUAAGGUUUUUGAGGAUGAGCUCCCUCUACUGGUGGACCAUCGUAAAAAGGAGCUGGAGCGUCACAAGAAACUGUUCCAGUGGAAUGAGUUUGCUGAGGGACUUCCCCACAUUAACAGUGCCAAAAAACUCUCAGACCUUCCUGCUGAAGUUCUCUUUUCCUUUUCCAAAGAGGUAGAGACAAUCUACACAAGAGAAUCAGGAAUGUUUGAGCUCAAACUGAAGGGCCUUGCAGACUCCACCAAGCAGUGGGAAGACUUGGAUAAGAUUAAAAAAGUAUUCUGGUUCAGAAAGACACCGAUCUCAGAAUAUGUCUCUGAGCACUGGAAGGAGGAUGACUUUUUUGGGUCCCAGUUUCUGAAUGGAACAAACCCCAAUGUGAUCCAGCGCUGCACAACGCUUCCCCCCAACUUCCCUGUCACAGAUGAGAUGGUACAGCCCUUCCUGGAGGACGGGAGUUCCCUGGCGACGGAGAUGAAGAAAGGAAACAUAUUUAUUUGUGACUACAAGAGGCUUGAGGGUGUGCCAACCCGGGUGGUAAACGGUGAACCACUGCCUCUUACUGCUGCUCUCUGCCUGUUCUACAAUAACCCAGAGGACAAUCUGACACCUAUUGCCAUCCAGCUGGAGCAGCAGACCUCUGAGCAGAACCCCAUAUAUCUGCCUAGUGACUCUGAGCACGACUGGCUGCUAGCCAAGAUGUUUGUGAGGAACGCAGAUUUCAUUGAACACCAGAAUAGCUACCAUCUGCUGGGCACCCAUUUACUGGCUGAGGCCUUUGCUAUGGCAACCCUCCGGAGCCUUCCUAUCAUGCACCCUCUCCAUAAGUUGCUGAUUCCCCACUUCCGUUAUACCUUGCCGGUAAACACCAUUAGCCGUGAAAUACUUUUUGGACCUGAAGAAGGCUUAACUAAGGUAUUUAAAUACAGUAAAAGUAUACACAGCUUAAAAGCUAACCCAAUAGACAUUGCUACCCUAACGAUAACAAAUGCAUAUUUUAUUGACGUGUCCCAAAAAAUUACAAAAAAGCGAACAUUUAUCCAGGACACCACUUUAGGACUGGAGGGGUUGAAGGAACUCUUGAAAAGGGCACACUCAGAAAUCACCUACAGCUCCCUCUGUCUGCCGGAGAACAUUGUUGCACGAGGACUGGAGUCCAUCCCCAACUUCUACUACAGGGAGGACGGCCUGAAGCUGUGGAACAUCAUCAACAGCUUUGUCCAGGGGAUGGUGGAGCACUUCUACUCCUCUGACAGUGAAGUGUCUAGAGACUCUGAGCUUCAGGACUGGAUCAACGAGAUCUUCAUCCAUGGGUUCCUUGGAAACGAAAAGUCAGGAAUCCCUCAACGAUUUGACACAGUGAAGGAGGUCAUCAAAUUCAUCACCAUGGUGAUCUUCACUGUGACAGCACAACAUUCCUCUGUCAGCAUGGGACAAUUUGACUACUGCAGCUGGGUACCAAACAGCCCCAUAUUUCUAUGCAAAGCUCCUCCCACCACUAAGGGGAGCUCUAGCAUGAGCACCAUUUUUGAGACACUGCCAGAUGUCGGCUCAACAGUGAGGGGAAUGGCUUCCAUAUGGCUGCUCAGCAAGAAAUACUCAGACUUUAUCCCCCUUGGCUCAUACCCUAAUCAAUACUUUGACGAGACUGAUGGAUACUUUGACGUGACCAAGCAGAUGAUGAAGCACUUCCAGGCAGAGUUAUCCUACCUCAGUGAGUCAAUCACUGAGAGGAAUUCCACAUUUACACCACCUUAUAACUACCUGAACCCUGCCGAGAUGGAGAAUAGCGUAUCUAUGUGAGCCGGUUCAUGUUACCAUAAUGAUUGAGCAUGCAAAGAUGCUCGCAAGCCCUGUAGUACAGGGCGUAGUAGUGUGUCCAAGGAAUAUACCCUGCUGCCAAUGACCAGAGCUAUGCAAAUCUAUUACUAAUUAUGAGCAUUUAAGUGAACAUUUUAUUUAACCUUUGGAAAGAUGGAGAAUGUAAAUACUCCAUCUUGUCUUCUUUGAUCUCAAUGACCAUGUUUUAUUGCACUUCCUCUCAAGUUAA